CCAAAGACGUUUUUGAAAAGAGUUGACAGAGUGUGCUUCGCGUUUAUGAAGUCUUAAGAAUCAAAAUGAAUUUCAGAGAUGCAUACAAUCCAACAAGAGGGGUGAAAGCAGACUUCAACAAACUCCUUGAGACUUUUUCUACUCGAAAGACAGUUCGUUAUGAACAUUUUGCUGAUCUUUGGAGAUCAAUGAAGUUCUCGUACCUAUAUGCCGGGCGCAAAAAUGACAGAGAAUGUCGAGAGUUCUAUGAAGAGGUAAACCAUAUUGCCCUGAGUUUUCACCUGCUACCAUAUGACUUCCAAGUGAGAACCGGCGGACUGUACAUUCUGUACGGCCUCUACUUCACGCAGCCUUGUGUUCCUAAAAUACCGAUACGUGUGACAAAUCAAGUCUGGAAUGAGAUUAUGGAUUUCCAGAAGUGUGCACACUCCCAGAAGCAUUACGAUGUGGAAUAUGUGUUUCAGAAACUCUUUAGGGAGCAUGCCUUUCUAUUUGUUGCAACACCAAAAGAGGUGUACAUCAAAUCGAAAGACAAAACCCAGGCGGACAAAGGAGGCGACGCUGACAGCCUGACGAGAGACAGUUUGAGAAUGGAGGAUUCUGUGUCCACUGUGUUUACACCUGAUAUUCUACAGCAACUGCGAGCCAUCCAUAUGCAGUACCAGCAGAUCAAGUUAGGGAUCGCAGGACCGAACGCCCUUCGACCCGACCGAUCCCUGGAUGUUGUUGAAGAUGAAAUCAUGCACAGUAUUGAUAACCGUCUGGUGCAACACAAUCAAAGACUUGAGAAGAUCCGAAGUGCACAGCGAGGAAGACAAUGGAAACUAAGACAAGAGGAACUUGACUCAGAUGAAGGGGAAUCCUCGGAUAUUGACAAUCCAGAUUGUAUACCAGUUCCCAAGUCUGGUCAGGCGAGGGUCAAGGCUCAGGCGUACGCCCAGCAGGCACAACAAUCUAAGGCUAGGCGCCACAGAACCGUCAUCACGCUGGACGCCUCAGAAUCUUCCCCUGAGAAGCCCAUCAGGAAGGGGCAGGGGAAAAACAAAAGCGAUAAAGGUGAUGAGGAUGUGGAUGUAUUUGAAGCACAACUGACGUCUCCCACUGAGGAGUCCAGCGACCAGCUUCUGUCUCCAGUGGAAUACCUCAGUAUGCCGACACUAGACAUGGAGGUCAUACACACAUCAGGGCCAACAACCGAGAGUGAUCUUACUCAAAUCAAAGAUGGACUGUCAAAAUCUAGUCCUUCAGAAAAAGGUCCAUCAACAUCCAAAACGAGCUCAAAGACAAGCACUGGUUCUUUGGAAGCAGAAACAGAUUCUUCAAUAUCAGGAACCACUACUUCAAAAACUUUCCAAGAAGCCACUCAAGAAGGCCAAGAAAACUCCAACAAAAAGUGCCUUUUCAGAAUCACAUGA